GCCAAAUAUGACAUCAAUUAGAGAAUUCAUUCUUCUGGUACUUACAGAUGACCCAGAGUUACAAGUUCUGAUAUUCUUCUUUAUGUUGAUCACAUACUUAUUGAGUGUAAGUGGAAACAUGGUCAUCAUUAUGUUAACACUGUCAAAUAUUCAUUUGAAAACUCCUAUGUAUUUCUUCCUUGGGAAUUUCUCUUUCUUAGAAAUUUCAUUUACCACAGUCUGCAUUCCUAGAUUUCUGAUCAACAUUGCUACAGGAGACACAACCAUUUCCUGUAAUGCUUGCAUGGCCCAAGUAUUUUUUUUAAUUCUUUUGGGAUCAACAGAAUUUUUUCUUCUGGCUGUCAUGUCUUAUGAUCGCUAUGUGGCUAUCUGCAAACCUCUACAUUACACAACCAUCAUGAGUAACAAAGUCUGUAAUUGGCUUGUAAUCAGCUCCUGGCUGGCUGGUUUUCUCAUUAUUUUUCCCCCCAUGAUUAUGGGCCUCCAACUGGAUUUUUGUGACUCCAGCACUAUUGACCAUUUCAUCUGUGACUCUUCCCCUAUGCUGCUGAUUGCUUGCACAGACACACAGUUUCUAGAGCUUAUGGCAUUUUUGCUAGCAGUAUUCACACUCAUGGUAACUUUGGCCUUGGUGGUUCUCUCCUACACACUCAUCCUUAAAACAAUUCUGAAGAUUCCCUCUGCCCAGCAAAGGAAAAAGGCUUUUUCAACUUGUUCCUCCCAUAUGAUUGUGGUUUCUGUUUCUUAUGGGAGUUGCAUUUUUAUGUGUGUAAAAACAUCUGCAAAAGAAGAUAUGGCUUUGAGCAAAGGUGUAGCAGUGCUUAAUACCUCUGUUGCUCCUAUGUUGAAUCCCUUUAUUUAUACCUUAAGAAACCAGCAGGUAAAACAGGCCCUUAGGGAAUUCACCAAAAAAAUAUUAUCAUUGAACAAGCAAUAA